AGCUGAACAAAGAUGGUUGUAGCUAAAUCAUGGACGAUGGCAAGACACUUUGAAGCUAUUCCUAAACCUGAUGAAUUCAAACUAAUUGAGAAAGAGCUACCACCCCUUAAAGAUGGAGAGGUGUUGCUGGAAUCAGAGUUUUUGAGUGUGGAUCCAUACAUGAGGCCUUACAGUAGACAGUUUUUGAAGGAAGGCGAUGUAAUGAUGGGAUCGCAAGUUGCCAGGGUAGUGGAAAGCAAAAAUCCAAACAUUGCUGUAGGUACCUAUUAUGUUGCAAAUUCAGGAUGGACAACUCACUUCAUAUCAGACGGCCAGGGGAUUCAUGCCUUGCCUCCCACGUGGCCCGAAAGUCUACCCAGAUCAUUAGCGCUAGGAGUAUUAGGCAUGCCUGGUUACACAGCUUACUUUGGUCUGUUGGAUAUCUGCAAUCCUAAGGAAGGAGAAGUUGUUCUAGUGAAUUGCGCAGCAGGGGCUGUUGGAUCCCUAGUCGGCCAAAUUGCAAAGAUAAAGGGGUGUAAGGCAGUUGGAUCUGCUGGCUCAGAUGACAAAGUUGCCUAUCUUAAGGAAAUUGGUUUUGAUGAAGCCUUUAACUACAAGACUGUGAGCUCUUUGGCAGAAGCUCUGAAACAAGCAUCUCCAGAGGGAUACGAUUGUUAUUUUGAGAAUGUUGGUGGAAAGUAUGCAGAUGCUGCCCUGCCUCAAAUGAAAACCUUUGGGAGAGUCUCUGUGUGCGGAUCUAUCUCCAUGUACAAUGACUCAGUUCUUCAAACAGGUCCCUACAUACAACCAUAUCUUCUCUUUAAACAACUCCGCAUGGAAGGGUUCAUAGUAACUCGCUGGGAGGACAGAUAUCCUGAGGCACAGAAACACCUCUUGGAGUGGGUGUUAGAGGGCAAGCUGAAGUACCGUGAACAUGUUAUAAACGGUUUUGAAAACAUGCCACUAGGUUUUAUCGGGUUGUUCAAAGGAGACAAUAUCGGAAAAGCCAUUAUAAAAGUUUAAUUUUAGUAUGGCGCAUUUUUGCGGAUCAUAGAAAAUCUCUUUCUUAUACAUGUCAGAAACAUUAAAUAUUGCCCCCUAUGUUAGAAAUUUGACCAGUAGUAAUGGAGAAAUAAAUGCAAAACUGUGACUACA